AUGUCGCAAAAGUGGAGGCUAACCGCGGAACACCCCAUCGAAGAGGAACUGCCCCAAACCGAUCAGCUCUCUCCCAAGGAGUACUACCGGCCGCAGAUCCCUAGGGAGUACCGGGACGAACGAGAACGCACCCCCCACCAUUUGCUCACCGCCAGCGAACGUAGACGAUUGGAAGAGGAGCGCAGGUACUUAGACGAACAACGCAGGUAUCCUAGAGAAGACCGAAGGUACCAUUCUAUGGACCAAGCCAGGUAUCACGAUGGUGGUGCAGUUAGGUCCAGGAGAUACGAGGAAGAGAGAGGUAUGUCGGUAUUUGCACCGUUGGCCAAGAGUAAGUUAGAGGGGAGAAACUAUAGAAAAGAGCUGAUGGAGAGGUUCUCUGAUAUGAGCCUCGAGGAAGAUAGGGAGUUUUCAAAUCAACAAAGAUACUAUGAAUGA